UUUUCUGUGUUUAUUAUAUAGAGUAAGAGGGAAACAGGUCAAACUUCGGUAGUGUAUUUUAAUACUUCUGAGGAUGAAAAAAAGAAAAGGUCGUAUAAUUAUAUUUUUAUUUCUGAUGGAAACUUAAUACUCUUGGAUUCCUGAUGGAAACUUAAUACUCUGAUGGCUUCUAUUACGAUUUUGAUAUUUCAUUUUUUAUGCCAUUAUUCUUUAGUUCACUAAUUAUAUGAAAUAAUAUAAAUUAAGAAUGGGGAAUCAUUUGUGUAUAACACUGCUGAAUAAUCAUUUGAAUUUUAUCGUAAUACGUUGGUUACCGAGGAAGUAAGAUAAAACACCACUUCCUUGUGUGUUGAACAGGAAUCACAGAUUUUUUCCUUCGUUAGUAUUGAAUAUGAGCUAGAGAAUAUCGCAAGGUUGCUAAAGUGUAGUGGAAAAGUAUUUUAUAUAAUUAUAUUUUGAAAAUGAGCGAAAAGCUUGCUGUUAAACAUAAGAAUUCAUUGGCUUUAACGAAGCACAAGUUAUUGCACCAAGACAGUGGUAGAAAAAGAUGUUGUUCGUGUUCGAAACCGAACAAACUUGCUAUAUUUUCUAUCACAACGUGUUGUAUCUUCGUUGUUUAUUGGAUCAUAUUAACACCUCUGUUGUUCAGUCUUCCUCAUAAUUCAUCCUCGCAAUGGUCUGCCGUUUGGUUUGUCUUGUAUUGGUUCCUGGCAUUCUUAGUUUGGCUCUUUAUUAUGUUAUGUAUCAUAGUAAUUUGGAGGUGUUUCGAUUCUAAACACGAUGAUAUGAAAUUACAAUCAUACGGCACGAAUGGUUCCUCAAAACCGGUACUCUUAACCGAUAGCGUAAAAUUGAAAGACAUAAAACAAGAUGAUGAAUAUUUGAAUGAUUUACGUCCUGAUAAAAAUGAUAUUGUUCACGAUCAAAAAGACAUAAAUAUUGUUGAAGAACCUCAUGAUAAAAUCAAGAAACACAAAGAUCUUCCUCCUCUCGUAAUUCAUCGUCGUAAUUUGGGAAAUGAUAUCGAAUGUGCUGGUACAGUGAGUAUAGAAAAGAUUGACGAAAAUGAAGAUGAAAAUAUAUCGAAAUCAGAAGUCAGUAGUCUGAAGGAACAAAGAGAAUCUAUGAAAAGUUACUUAAAGUUAGUAACAGUUACUCCUCAGGAUGAAAUAGAUACCAAGACUCCAAAAGCAUUGCUCUCGCCGAGAGAAUUAUUUUUUAUUGAUCUUAUAAGAGAAGCAGAAAAGGCUGAGCAAAGUAGAGGGAAUAAUCCUGCAGUUACAGAAAGGAAACAUUUCUUUCCGAAUGAUUUUCCUUCAGCUCAUAAAGACGUCGUUAAAAGAGAUUUGAAUGAGAGGAAAGAUUCAGCUGAAGCUUCAGAUAAAGAACGCGAAACAAGCUAUUUUAUCGCGGACAUAGGAAGUCCAAAAAGUGAAAAAGCAGAAGUAUUUUUGGAGAUCAAACCAGACUCAGAAUUAGCUAAUCAAUGGAUUGUGAAUUUAAAUGAGGAGAAGCCAGUACUCAUAUUAGAAAAUAGUGUUAAGAACGAAAAUACAGAGGAAAAAGUUGUUUUAUUCGAAGUUUAAUUGAAAAAUAUCUUCUAUUUUGAUAAAAUAUUAGAACUUUUAAUUAUUAUUAUAAGGAAUUAUCAUUAAGUAUCACAUAAAUCAUUGUAAUUCAAUAGUGAAUAGUGACUGUAAAAUAAGUAAUUAUGAAGAAGAAAAUUCACAGAAGUUUGAUUGGAGAGAAGUAUGAAAUAUUUUUAAUUGAAUAUAUGCAAUGUCAAUGACUUUCUUCCAGAUGAUUGUUGCCUGUUACCAAAUCAAAUUAUGAUACCACAAUUGCACCAGGGUAGUAGCAUUAUGGCUAUAGCUACUCCUAUACUUUUUUAUCA